AUGGCCCCCACACAAAACACAACGUUGCAGUACCUCAAAAUCCCGCAAGGGUACCCCGUUCCCGGCGAGACGACCAAAAAAGUCGUUUCCGAGAUCGACCUCGACACUGUCCCUCUCAACGGUGGUCUCCUGUUGAAGCAGAAAGCUCUUUCUCUGGGUCAGUCCGAGUCGUGCAACACCACAGCCCAGGUUUUUGGCUGGGCUGUUGCGCGAGCGCGCGCUCGAGGUUGAGCAGCUCAAGCUGACGAAAGAUCGCCCGUGUCGAAUGUUCAACCGCACAAUAGACCCUUAUAUGAAGGGACGUAUGAGGGCAGCCGAUACCUCUUCUUACAUCCCCCCCUUCACGCCCAAUGCUCCCCUCAGCGGUUACGCCGUGGGAGAAGUACUCCGCUCGGAGAGCGACAACUUCAAGGUCGGCGAUGCCGUUUACGGCAUGACCGAGUUCUCGACCUACGCUGUCGUCCCCAAGCAGAUGCUCGGCUACUGCAAGGUUAUCGAGAACAAGGAGGGUCUUCCCUGGACUCAGCUCGUCGGUGGUGCCGGCAUGUCCGGUAAGUCGGAGACAAUUCUUUCCUUUCGGCUCAGGCGAGGUUCUUGCAUCUCGAUCUAAUUCUUGUGAUUUUACCUAGGUCAAACGGCUUACUGGUCGUUCUACAACAUCGGUAAGCCCAAGAAGGGCGAGACGAUCUACAUCACCGCGGCCGCCGGAGCUGUUGGGCAAAUCGUGCUCCAGCUCGCCAAGCGAGAGGGCCUCAAGGUGAGGCAGACUGCUUCCGGAUGCUGACCCCGAUGUUUGGCACCAGCUGACACCUGCCUUCGUUCCUUGCUCACUCACAGGUCGUCGCAUCAUGCGGUGACGCUGCCAAGGUAAGACUUCAUUCCACAACACUCUUCUCUCCCGGCGCGAAAACCUAGUCGCUGAUUAUGGUCUCUUUUUUUUCACCUCUACAGCUCGAGUUCUGCAAGAGCAUCGGUGCCGACGUGGUCGUCAACUACAAGGAUGGUGCCGAUGCCGUCGAGAAGGUGAUGCGCGAGCACCCAUGCGACAUCUUCUACGACAACGUCGGAGGCGAGCAACUCGACCUCGCGCUGGCGACCUGCAACACCUUUGGUCGCAUCAUCGCGUGCGGAGGUAUCUCGGCUUACUCGAGUGGUAUUCACCCUUUGAAGAACUACAUGCAAAUUGUCGUCAAGCAGCUUCGUUGGGAGGGAUUUAUCAUUUCGGGCAAGGACAUGACUGAGUUCUUCAAGGAGAUGCCCAAGUUGAUUGCCGAUGGCACUAUCAAGUAAGUUGGACAUUACUAUUCACCUGAGGGGGUAUUGCAACUUACCGAUCCUUGGACGGCACUUUUCUUCCAAUAACAGAGUUCGCGAGCACGUCGUCAAGGGUAUCGACGAUGGAGAGGCUUUCCUCGACUUGUUGACCGGCAAGGCCCAGGGCAAAGUCGUCAUCUCCUUGGAGUAA